GUGGGCUGUAAUUUUGCGCCCCCUGUGCCUUUGUGUUUAACCUCGAACCGUAUAAUGAGUAUCAAAUUUUCUAUACCUUCGUCUUUUUCUCUUUUGUUUGUUGUUUUUUGAAUAUGCAGAUUGUUCUAUAUUUUUGUAUCGAUACAUACAAUUCUUUUAUAAAACGCGUAGUUUUCUGAAAUCACAAAAGCAUGUUACGCGCCAGCCAAAGACAGUAGCCGUACAGUCGUUUGAAAUUUCCAUUUACGUGACACGGAGUCGCACACACGUCCAUGCUCGAAUACGUAAAUGUCAGUCAUACGGUUGAGCAGAUUGGUGUAAGUAUGUGACCGGGUGCAAUUAAAUUGUUUGAAUUAGGAAAACGAAAUCCUAUUGUGUUGGCGGUCAGUAUUUUAAAGAAGUGUUGCUGCAUGUUUCUAUGAUGGAGGGUCACCAGGUGAGGGCACUUUACAACUUUACUGGGGAACCAGGAACAGCAGAAUUGUCCAUUGUAGCAGGAGAAGUAUUGACUGUCAUGAGAGAUAAUGUUGGCGAUGGGUGGUGCGAAGGUUUUAAUCAAAGUGGGAAAUGUGGACUGUUUCCAGCAGCCUAUGUUCAAGUAGUAGAAACCACAGCUCCUGCGUCAAGUGCCAUGACAUCAUCUCAACAGAGUUCUGGUGACUUUUGGGAUGAUGAUUGGGACGAUGAUUCAGAGGUUGGUCAAACACAGGCCUACAUUCCGUCACAACAACAAGAAUCACAAAAUACUAUACAGAUAGUGCAAGAUCAUAGCACUAAUGAUUACGGAGACGCAUUUUCUAUGCAAGCCAUGAAUUUUGCAAUACCUGAAAGGCCUAUGCCUAAUGUACCAAAGAAAAAUAACAAGUUUUCUACAUUAAUCAAAUCAGGAGAGGAUAGUUUUUUAUUAGGAAUGAGAGUAAUGAAUGUUCCUGAUAGUGAGAAAGUAUAUAUAGAGGAAAUGGAUGGAGGGCAAUGUAGAUGGGUUCAGAGAGGGGAUCCCUAUAGUUGUGUAGUCACAUCUCCUAAAAAGGAAUCCAAACUAAAAGGCCUUAAAAGUUUUAUAGUCUAUCAACUCACGCCAACGUUUAACAACAUUCAAGUUUCAAGAAGAUAUAAACAUUUCGAUUGGCUACAUGAACGUUUAGAGGAAAAAUACUGUUUCAUCCCCAUUCCACCAUUGCCCGAUAAACAAAUAUCGGGAAGAUACGAAGGGCACUUUAUAGAGCAUCGACGUUCACAACUGCAGGAGUUUGUGGAUUAUGUCUGCAGGCAUCCUGUGUUGGCGCGUAGUCGUGUUUGGGAACACUUUAUAACUUGUACAGACGAAAAAAGAUGGAAAGCAGGCAAGAGGCAAGCAGAGAAAGACGAAUUAUUAGGCGACAAUUACUAUCAUGCUCUCCAGUGCCCUGAAACUCCUUUGGAUGCUAUCAAAGUAGAAAUACAAACUGAUACUUAUAGUAGAUUCAUAAGCUGCCUAGAUCCUGUAGUUAAAAAUUUCAUGGCCAUGGCUGUUGACCAGGCAAAAAAGAAUCAACAUCUCUAUAAAAGAGAAUUUCAGAAGAUUGGUCAGUCUUUUUGUUCGUUGAGUCGUGCACUAGAAGGUGACGAUAGCAGUCGAGGAAAAUUAACUAAUGCGUUAAAAGUAACAGGUGAAGCUUAUAACGACAUAGGCAGACUGUACAAAGAACAAUCAAAGUUUGAUUGGGAACCACUUGCAGAUAAGUUUCAUAUUUACAGAGGAAUCAUCAGUAGUUUUCCAGAUGUAAUCAGUAUACACAAGAGUGCUGUUCAAAAGAGGAAAGACUGUGAAAAGCUAGUAAGUGAACAUAAAAUGGAACCACAAAAGUUGCGAGAACUUUCACAUCGAACAGAUAUAAUAGCAAGAGCACUUCUUGCUGAAGAAGCGCAUUUUCAGACGGAACAAGAGAUACAUACAACUCAGGCCAUGAAAACGCAUUUAACAGAGCAAAUUGCAUUCUAUCAGAAGAUUGUGGAUAAGUUGCGGGAAGCGUUAGACGCAUAUGAAGGCUGAAUUUUAUGUAAGAAAGAUUUUUUCGCGAAUAUCACUUCGACUAUAAAUUUCUAACAGUGUAAUACGGACUUUACUUUAAAGAGCGUGAGUUACAAAAAAUAAGAACGUGAAUUGUAGAUACACUUUGACGUAUAUUAUGUUCAUUCAGUGAUAAGAGCUAUUUCAAGAAGAAUUAUGUACAUGUUCAAUCAGGGGAAUUCAGCACCUCUCUUCUUUUAAAUUUGCCAAAAAAUCACAUUGAAUAUAUAUAUUCUAUUUAUAGUAUUUUCUUAUGUCCGUUUUCAUUUUAUGCUCUAGCACUGUCAUACUGAUAUAAAAUCAUGUUAAAUCGGACCAGGAAAGAUAUAGAUUGCAGUUUUUAAAGAAUACGUAUUAUUAAGGAUGUAUAGUAAUAUAUUACAUGUUAAUAUUAUUAUCAAUCUCGUGUGGUUGCUAUUUUUAGAAAU